CCUGUCACUAGGAGUGGGAGGGUCAUUUCCUGAUCUUUUUCUCUCCGGUGUCUAGGGCUUUGGUUCCGAGUCCGCGAACGCAGACUGAAGACACAUAAGGAACGCAGCUGCCACAGAGCACCCAGAACAAAGCGGGGCCAGCGUGUUCCUUAAGCCGCUCUAGCCAAAGGAACCAUAAAGAUUCAGGUUAAGGAGUCUUCACUUCCAUCUUGGCGUAGUUCUGCCCUUGGCUUCCGGUUCCGGGGAAGGGCCUAAUUUUCUUGGAUGAUUAGGGCUCUCGGAUCUAGGAUGGCUGUCUUGUCGCUUCUGUUGUUGGGUGGUUUGUGGAGCGCUGUGGGAGCGUCCAACAUGGCUGUCGUUACUUGCGGCUCCGUGGUGAAGCUACUCAAUAUACGCCACAAUGUCCGACUGCACUCUCACGACGUGCGCUACGGGUCAGGUAGUGGGCAGCAGUCAGUGACAGGUGUGACCUCUGUGGAUGACAGCAACAGUUACUGGAGGAUACGGGGGAAGACAGCUACAGUGUGUGAAAGGGGAACACCCAUCAAAUGCGGGCAGCCCAUCCGGCUGACACACAUCAACACAGGUCGAAACCUGCACAGCCACCAUUUCACUUCACCUCUCUCUGGAAACCAGGAAGUGAGUGCCUUUGGUGAAGAAGGUGAAGGUGACUAUCUGGAUGACUGGACAGUGCUCUGUAAUGGACCUUACUGGGUGAGAGACGGGGAAGUGAGGUUCAAACAUUCUUCCACCGACGUACUCCUGUCUGUCACAGGAGAACAGUACGGUCGACCCAUAAGUGGACAAAAAGAAGUACAUGGUAUGGCCCAGCCAAGUCAGAACAACUACUGGAAGGCCAUGGAAGGCAUUUUCAUGAAGCCCAGUGAGUUGCUGAGGGCAGAGGUCCAUCAUGCAGAGCUGUGACUCUAAAUCCUCUGAGCCACUGUCGCCACACAGUGUUUGUAGACAUCUGCUGCUGCUUCACCAUGGGAUCCCUGCUCCUGGUCCUCUGAGUGUGCUUCAUUUGGACCUGCAGUCCUUCACACUUGAAAUGGUUGCUCUCCCAGGUUUAGUCAGUUCUCAGGAGAGGACUCGUCUGUGAAGGCAGGGCUACCUUCAUUCAUGCUGGUAAAAGAAGUUGAGGAACUUGCCUGUCUUAAGUUAAGCUGGGAAGGUUAACUCCACAGGAGCUUGGCAUCAUGAUUUUCCCCCGUUUUGUCUAUCUCCAAAAUGAUGAAUAAAAAAUAAAAAGAAUUUUAUUCA